AUGGCCAGCUUCAGACGAUUCCCCGACCUGCCCAAAGAGCUGCGGGAAAUGAUCUUUGACCUUCAGAAACCCGAACCAAAUGAAGAGAGCCAAACUUCCAUCGCCAACCCCUCAGCUGGUCACCCGCCUAAGCAUGAGCUCGCUUCGCCACUGACGAGUAAAUACUUCCCUGCCCCUGAUGGAAGCACAGGCAAUUCGAAUGUCUCUACAUACAUGGCGGACAUCGGAUUAUGGACUGCCUGUAAGGAGUCACGGUUCAUCAUGGAAAAGGACAUAAGGGCAUCGAGACAAGGCCUUGAACAUGAGGCCAAACAGCCUUACCGUCGCAUGAGGAAUGUCGAAGAUUUGCCUGCCAUGGGAUGUUUCUUCGGUAGUAGCUCACAGCGUUUUAUGGUUCGACCUCUCCGAGACCUCUUUGCGCUACAGCCCGCGAACAUCGACAACAUUGACUGGCCCACGGUCGCUCGUGACAUCCUAAAGCAGUUGAGUCCCACCGGCUUCGGAUGGCAUAUCGAUAUUGGGAUUGAGUGGGAUCGCGAGUGGGGUAUUCGUCGAGAAGAGGAGCAGUGGGGUGAUGACUUAAAUGUGAUAUGCGACGCCUUUCACCAUAUCGAUGCCCAUUUAUGGAUAAUCGAUCACAAUCUCAAUAUGAGAGGAAAUAUCGACAAAAACUCGCGAGAGUACAGAAGGGAAGCCUUCUAUACUUGCGACAGAAAGCUCAUAGAGGUCGACUGGGGACACAAGCCUUUAGAACGCUGGCGACAUAUCAAGCCACCUGGAGAUGAGAAACAUGGGUGUUCUAUCGGUCUGGCAAAAACCCUGGACAGUAUAGCAGACGAUGAGCAUGGGCAAUUCAUCAGCUAUGGGCAGUAUGGACAAGAACCUGAUCGACGAUUUGCCUCGGAUGUUAAGCUUCUUGGUUGGGAUGACCUUUGA